AAAAAAUUACAUACUCCUAAGGAGGCUACGUAAACCUUCGAAGGGGUCGUCACAAUCUUGUUUUCUCAAAAGAAUAACGAACAGCUCUUAUCUUUUAAAAAACAAAUAAAUAUCUUCAGAGCUGUUCAGGUUCAAAAACAAUUUGAUUAAUAGAAAUCAAUAAAAAAAAGAAAAAAAAAAGACAAACAUGUCGUACGGGUACGAUGAUGAUUCCAAGAGGAAGAGAAGGUAUGUCAUCAUCUCAAUCUCCUCUGUUCUUCUCAUCUCCAUGGUGGUGGCCGUUACCGUCGGUGUCAGCCUCAACAAGAACGAAGGCAACGGUGACUCUGACGCGCAGAUAACGUCUUCCGUCAAAGCCGUUAAGGACGUAUGUGCACCAACGGAUUUCAAAAAGACAUGUGAAGACAGUUUAAACAAAAAUGGUAACAACACGACCGACCCGGUCGAGUUGGUUAAGACAGCGUUCAGCGCGACGAUGAAGCAGAUCACGGCCGCUGCCAAGAAGUCGCAGACCAUGAUGGAGCUUCAGAAGGAUCCAAGGACCAAGAUGGCUCUUGAUCAGUGCAAGGAGCUGAUGGAUUACGCGUUGGGAGAGCUUAGCAACUCUUUCGAGGAGCUCGGUAAGUUUGAGUUCCAUUUACUCGACGAGGCUUUGAUCAACCUAAGGAUCUGGCUCAGCGCGGCGAUCAGCCACGAGGAGACUUGCCUCGAAGGGUUCGAAGGGACGCAAGGGAAUGCUGGGGAGACCAUGAAGAAAGCGUUGAAAACCGCUAUCGAGUUGACACGCAACGGGCUAGCAAUCAUCAGCGAAAUGUCGAAUUUCGUGGGACAAAUGGGGAUUCCUGAGUUCAGCAGCCGCAGGCUGCUGUCCCAGGAAAUCCCCUCGUGGGUGGACCAGCGAGGGCGUAGGCUCUUGCAGGCUGCUGCCGCGUAUUCCGAUGCUAAGCCUGAUAUAGUGGUGGCUCAGGACGGGAGCGGUCAGUAUAAAACAAUCAAUGAGGCUUUGAAGUUCGUCCCAAAGAAGAAGAACACGACCUUCGUGGUUUACAUUAAGGCUGGUAUCUACCAGGAGUACGUUCAGAUCAACAAGAGCAUGACUCAUCUCGUGUUCCUCGGUGAUGGUCCGGAGAAAACCAUCAUAUCCGGUAGCAAGAAUUACAAGGACGGUAUCACUACCUACCGUACCCAAACUGUUGCCAUCAUUGGGGACUCCUUCAUUGCCAAGAACAUCGGGUUCGUUAACACUGCUGGUCCAGCCAAAUUCCAAGCUGUUGCGGUUAGGGUUCAAUCAGACGAGUCCAUCUUUUUCAACUGUAGAUUCGACGGCUACCAAGACACCCUCUACGCCCACUCUCACCGUCAGUUCUACCGUGAUUGCACCAUCUCAGGCACUAUUGAUUUCCUCUUUGGAGACGCGGCUGCCGUGUUCCAGAACUGUACUUUGUUGGUGAGGAAGCCGCUUCCGAACCAGGCUUGCCCCAUCACAGCCCACGGUCGUAGCGACGCGAGGGAAGCAACAGGAUUUGUGUUCCAAGGUUGUACUAUUGCUGGGGAGCCGGAUUACUUGGCGGUCAAGGCAACUAGCAAAGCCUAUCUUGGUAGGCCGUGGAGAGAGUUUUCAAGGACAAUUAUCAUGAACAGUUUCCUCCCGGAUUUCGUCCAGCCUCAAGGAUGGAUGCCGUGGAUGGGGAACUUUGGACUUGACACGUUGUUCUACUCUGAGGCUCAGAACACAGGACCGGGAGCAGGGCUUGCAAACCGGGUUACUUGGGCAGGAAUCAAGAAGUUGAGUAACGAGGAGAUUCUCAAGUUCACACCGGAUCAGUUCAUCCAAGGUGGCAUUUGGGUUCCCGGCAAAGGUGUUCCCUACACUCCUGGCCUCUUGGCUGCCAACCCUAACGCUGCAACCACCGCCCCAAGCGGCUCAGCUGCUUCAGGUACCCCCUCCGUCACGGCCACAAGUGGUGCUGGCUCGGUUUCUCCAUCAGCUGCCCCUGUUUCUCAAGUAGCUGCCCCGGUUUCUCCAGCAGUUGCCCCGGUUUCUCCAGCAGCUGCCCCGGAAGGUUCACUAAAGAUGGCUUCAACAGAGACAAAUGGUGCUGGUUCGGUUUCUCCAGCAGCUGCCCCACAAGGUUCUAUCAGGAUGGCAAGUGGUGCUAGUUCGGUUUCUCCAGCAGCUGCCCCGGAAGGUUCUAUCAGGAUGGCUUCUAUGGAGAGACCUGGUGCAGGCUCAGUUUCUCCAGUAGCUGCUCCGGAAAGUUCUAUCAGGAUGGCUUCUAUGGAGAGACCUGGUGCUGGCUCAGUGUCUCCAGCAGCUACCCCAGAAGGUUCUAUCAAGAUGGCUUCAUCGGUGACAAGUGGUGCUGCUGCCCCGGUUUAUCCACCACCUCCCCCAUUUUAUCCUGACAUUGCAUUGUCUAACUAAAAGAUCCAUUAAGAUGCCAUAUAAUGUCUUUUCUUUUUUUUCUUACUAAAACCUGGAACCAAAAGCAUUUGCAUAACCUUGAAGAAUUCAGGAUUAUUGAUCUAUACCAAAUUGUUUGAGAUUAAUAAUGUCUAUAGCUUUGUAAAC